CGCUGAUUCUUACAGUUCCAUUGGAUAAUCCGUGAGAAUUCACAAUUUCCCCCUUUUUUCCCGUCUCCAUCAUGAUGAAACUUGCCGUUUUCGCCUCCGUCCUCGCCAGUGCCGCUGCCUUUGCUCCGACUCAGUCGUCGUCCCGGGUAUCGGUCGCUACCAAUAUGGCCUUUCGCGACGAGCUUGGUGCCCAGCCGCCACUUGGCUUCUUCGAUCCGCUCGGACUCGUCAAGGACGGUGACCAGGCUACGUUUGAUCGUCUCCGCUACGUCGAAAUCAAGCACGGUCGCAUUGCCAUGCUUGCUGUCGCCGGGUACUUGACCACCGAAGCGGGAUACCGUCUACCGGGAAACAUUGACUACUCCGGACUCAAGUUUGCCGAUGUCCCCGGAGGCUUCAAGGCUCUGGAUACCAUUAACGACGCUGGUGUGCUCCAGAUCGUUGCCUUUAUUGGGUUCUUGGAGCUGGCUUUCAUGAAGGAAGUGGAAGGCAAGAGCGAGUUCGUCGGAGAUUUCCGCAACGGAUUCAUUGACUUUGGCUGGGAUAGCUUUGACGAUGCGACCAAGAUGAAGAAGCGCGCCAUUGAGCUCAACCAGGGACGUGCCGCCCAAAUGGGCAUUCUCGCACUCAUGGUCCACGAAAAGUUGGGCGUCUCCAUCCUCCCUGAUUUGUAAGGAUUCCUGACCCCGGAGUCUCUCCUACACGUUUACACGCGUGACACACUUCUCUCCUUUAUCUUGCUAGAAAGGGGAAUGCAUUGGUCCGGUAUGUCUGUUUCCUUCCCGAAAGCUUUCGCCGAGUGCUUUUUAAGUUUAAAAGAACGCUAAAGACUACUGUUGAUCCAAAA